GUUUAAACCACGACAAUCGAAUGAGCGACUAGCUUUCUCUCUGAUUUCCACAGACUCAAUCACAGACUCCAAGGUUUAGAUUCAGAAUGAAGGAUGUGAUUGUGAGCCCAGGGCCAAAGGUCAAGAUUGUAGAUUCUCCAAUCCCGGAACCAGGGCCUGAGCAGUUGGUUAUUCAGGUAGUAGUCAGUGGGAGUAAUCCUAAGGAUUGGAAAGUCCCCGAAUGGUUAAACGAGCACGCCAACUCCGGCGACGACAUCGCUGGCAUCGUGCAUAGCGUCGGGUCCAAAGUUUGGGAAUUCAAACCGGGAGACCGGGUCGCGAGUUUCCAUGAGAUGAGGACGAAAGGCGGGAGUUAUGCUGAGUAUGCGCUUGCGUGGCAGCAUACUACGUUUCAUAUUCCGAAGAAGACAAGUUUUGAAGAUGCAGCGACACUCCCCCUCGCAGCCAUGACAUCUGCUAUAGGCCUCUACCUCCGUCUCGGCCUCCCCGAUCCUUGGACACCCGCAACCUCUCCUACACCCCUCGUCGUCUAUGGUGGUGCAAGCGCAGUCGGCGCCUUCGCCAUCAAGCUGGCUGUAUUAUCAAACAUCCACCCCAUUGUCGCGGUCGCCGGGCGUGGAAUCCCAUUCGUUGAAACACUGAUCGAUCGUUCGAAAGGGGACUCCAUUGUGGAUUACCGUAAAGGCGAUGACGCUGUCGUCCAAGGCCUCAAAGACGCUUUCAAAGGACUGAAGUUGCACUAUGCCUUCGAUGCCACCUCAGAAAAAGGCUCCUACUUAAACAUUGUCAAAGUCCUCGAACCAACAGGCAAGAUAACCCUAGUGCUUCCCGGGAAGGAGUAUGAGGGCAUUCCUGAAACCGUUCAGAAGACUCUUACGAGCGUAGGGGAGUCGCAUAAUAAGGCGAGUGAUUUUGCAUACGUGUAUUAUCGGUACAUGGCGAGAGGGUUGGCAGAGGGUUGGUUUACGCCGCACCCGGCGGAGGUAGUUCCAGGAGGUCUUGAGGGCUUGGAAGGAGCACUCAAGAAUUUGAAGGAUGGAAAGGCGUCGGCAGUGAAGUAUGUUUUUAGGAUUGCGGAUACGCCGGGGGUGAAGGGGUCGGCGCUGUAGAGGGGCAUUGGCCGAGGUUGGGAGGAUAGUGAGGAGAGUGGGGAUUCAAAAUAUUGAUGAUCGACCACUAUUAAAAGUUGAGGGCAAGGCGUGGGAGUGGUUAAAUAGCGAU